AUGAAGCUGUCCAUGCGGCCAUGGAAGGGUUUAGGUGUCCGUAUUGCUCUAAGCAUUUUGGUCGAAGAGCUCGAGUGCACUUACAAGCGCCUAGAGGACCCCACUCUCAGCAACGAUGAGCUGCUGCCCCGAGCUCGAGGAAGGAGACAGGCUGCUCGCCGUCCCCUUUUCCUCGGGCUCACCAACCCUCACGCCGGCUCCAUGGUCGAAUCCAUCAUCGACGAAAAAGACGAGGAGCUGUACCCGCCCCAGGAUAUCCCCGAAGGGUCCAGCCACGCGCAGCACACCCCGGAAGUCUUGGAGGAUUAUCCCAUGAGCUACGGUAGUUUCCCGUGGGACAUGAGCCAGUACAGCCUGGAAGACUAUUUCGAGGGCCUGGACGGUGAUCUCCUCUUUCAAGACCUAGGCUCCGGCACACCCAGCUCCGGCACCGGCCCGGACCUCGUUUUCGACACCCUCACGUUUUGCUCGGCGCGUAUCGUGGAUUCCCUCGACCGCUUCUACAAAUCUACGCACGGCCCCAACAGCAGCGGCGGCUGUAUCACCUCCGUAGGCGACCCCGCGUUCGACAUGGCCGCCAUCCAACAGAUCCUCUCGGCCGACAACCUCAAGUCCCACCUGGCUGCCUUCUUCCGGUGGACAAACGUCGUGCUGCCCACCGUGCACCGCCCCACGUUCGACCUCGACGUCGCGGACCCCGCCCUCGUGCUGUCCAUGUACCUGUGCGGGUCGCUGUACCGUCACCCGCGGCCCACGCCCGAGCGCCAGGCCUGCUACGACCUCGUCGAGGAGUACGUCUUUCGCCGGCUGGAGGAGGCGGUGGACCGCCAAAAGAGCCUCGCUACCCCCGUGUGGAAGAACGAGGAGCUGGUGGCCCUCAUGCAGGCGGCCAUGUCCACGUACACGCACCUCUGGCUCAUGAGCACGCCGAAGCCGCGGAAGAGGAGCCGAAACGUGCGGCUGCCGGCGCUGUUGGCGGCGAUACGCACUCUUGGGUUUAAUAAGUUGCGGCAUGUGGUGCCGACGGACGUGGCCCUGGAUUGGGAGGACUGGGCAUCGCUUGAAUCAUGCAUCCGCGUCGCCAACUUCACAUGCUACCUAGACUGGCAGCAAAGCGGCGUUUUCCACUGGCCCCCACUCUCGUCCAUCUACGAAAUCAUGUGCGACAUGCCGUGCAUCAAGGAACUGUGGGUGGCCAAGACGGCCGACGAGUUCCAUCAACUCUUGGCCCUGGACGCGGGGGCGUCCCUUCAGCGCGGCCUCACGGUGCGGUUCUGCAUAGAGGGGAUGUUGAGCGACGACUGGGCUCGCACGCAUCUUGCUCGCCUCCGCACAGUCACGGUGGCCGAUUGUUGCCUCCUCGUCACAGCUCUCCACGGAGUUGCCUUGGCCGCCACGCUCAACUGCAUGUUCCCGUUCGUGGCGCCCAAACUCCACCGCGCCACGACCCGGUGGAGGGAGCUCUGGGACGACGCCGUGACGCGCAUCGACAAGGAGGCGCUGAAAAAGAGCGGCAUGGUGGGUCAGUCGCCCGCCAUCUGGUUCGUCGUGCGGUGGCUCAUUGAGCGGCUGGCCAAGGACGGAGGGGCGGGGCUCGAGUACUUUGACUCGGUCGGCCACGACUCGGUGGAGGUGCUUCACAGGCUCUUCCGCGAGAACAGGGACAACUAUCACUAUAACCAAGCCGUCCGCGUGGGUGACCGGAUCGAAUGUGCCGGCCAAGGCGGCUGGGAUCCCAAGACGGGAGAAAUUCCGGAGGAUAUCAACGCCCAAAUUGACCAGGCCUUCAAGAACGUGGAGCUGGCCCUCAAGGAUGCCGGCGGCAAGGGCUGGUCCCAAGUCUAUCGAGUCAACACAUAUCACAUUCCUUUGGACGGCGAAGCUCUCGGAGCCAUGGUGGGGAACAUGAAGAAGUACAUGCCGGACCAUCAACCCAUCUGGACGUGCGUAGGAGUUACGAGGCUUGGGGAGGAGGCCAUGCGCGUCGAAAUAGAGGUUGUCGCCCACGACCCAGAGGGAAGCGCGGCAAAGACGAGCGCUUAG